AUGUCGAAGGCCAGCAGCAGGCCCCGAACGGGUAGUGGCAUCUCGUAUGAGACAGCUGUCGACCUCAGGAUACCCAAAUCACCUACUCCCCUUCGUAGAACCACCAACCUCCAACCUCCAACCUCCAACCUCCAACCACCAACCUCCCAACCUCCCAACCUCCCAACCUCCAACACGCAGCACGAAGGCCUUGCACAGAUAGCCGGCUGGAAGAUCGUGAGCUUCCUCGCCUGCCCGCAUAUCUCGAACACGAAAGAAGUCCUUCAUUCACUCCACAUCGCUCCAGACAACACGCCUGGUCCAGAUCUUCGUGCUGCCAGGCAGAAUAUCUCGUUCCACACCACACUGCUGGUCUCCGCCGUGUGUCCGUUGGACGGAGCCAAUUUCCUCGUCGGAUCGAUGCUUCGUCUGACUGCGCUACUGUUGCCUGUCCCCGGUCCUCUGAAGCAGAAGCAAUGA